UUCGGAAGACCAACAUGACAUGUGAUGCGAGGACUCUUACGGACGAGUGAUUAUCACCUGACGUGUCUUGUACACAGCCAGAGCUAUGAAUGGAGGAAAAGACUGCGAGGGAGGGGAGAGGGAGGGGCAUCCGCCCCCGGCGCAGGUGCCCAUAGGCUGGCAGCGCAGGGUGGACCACACUGGGGUGGCCUACAUAAGCCCCAGUGGCUCAGUGCUGUCCUGCCUGGAGCAGGUAAAGAGCUACCUGCUGACCGACGGGACGUGCAAGUGUGGCCUGGAGUGUCCCUUAAUCCUCCCUAAGGUGUUUAAUUUCGAUCCCGGGGCUGCUGUCAAGCAGAGGACUGCGGAGGACGUGAAGGCUGACGAGGAUGUCACCAAGCUAUGUAUCCACAAGAGGAAGAUCAUCGCCGUGGCAACUCUGAACAGGAGCAUGGAAUCACCGCAUCCUUCUCUAGUUCUGACCAGUCCUGGUGGCGGCACAAGUGCAGCGCCAGUGGUCUCUACAUGUUCAGCGACCCCGCGAGCAAUAAGGAACACAUCACAUGAGGUUCCACCCAAUUCUUUGGCCCCCGACUGCAAGAACCCCUUCCGGAUGAUGAUGGCGGGACAGCGGCACUUCCAGCUGGAGCAGGAGAUAUACGGAAGCCAUUCCCGAUCGCGGCUUGGCAGCGGCGAUCAGGGGCACAGGUCCCCGUACCGCACCCCGCACGCCGGGAUGCUGAGCCCCACCUCCUACGGGGACGGCUCGGCGUCCCCCAGGACAGACCGUCUGGGGAGCCCGGACAUGUUCGGCCGGUGCGUGCCCGGAGGUUUCCACAGCACCGGCAGCCCCAGCCCUCUCCACGGCAACAGCAGGACGGCGCUGUCCUCCCCGCCGGGCCUCCCGUUCCAGGGCUCGCCCGUUAGCCAGUCGUCCUGCGCCCUGGCAGGAAGGACUAGCGUGCCCCUGUCUCCCACCGUCACCGCCAAAAGCCCCAUCAUGAAGAAAGCCUGCAGCGGUUUCCCCCCUAGCAUUGAGCUGCGAGGCAUCCCCCACCACCCGCCCCCGCACCCGCGCCCCUCCUGCGCCCUCCAGAAGCAGCACGUGACCUCCGAGAAGGACCCGCUGGGCAUCCUGGACCCCAUCCCCAGCAAGCCCUCUGGUCAGAGCCCCGUCACCGGCCUGAACCCCAGCUUCCAGCCCGGCGUCCACUCUCAGGUACCAGCCAUGAAUGUAACCAUGCCGCCGGCCAUCGUGCCCCUGCCCAGCAACCUGCCCCUGCCCACGGUAAAGCCCGGGCACGUCGGCCACGCCAACCACGCCGGCCACGCGCAGAGGGCCCAGCACGUGGCCUCCGCCUCGGUCUCGCCCUCGCCCGUCACCUCCCCGGUGCAUGCGAUGGGGCCGGCGGUCAGCAGAGUAGAAGCGUCACCUCAGAGGUCGCGCUCCUCUUCCACCUCCUCCGACCACGGGAGCUUCGCCAUGCCCCCCGGGCCACAAGCCCCCUGUGGGGGCGUGAAGGCGCCCCCCAGGUCCCCUCGGCCCUCCAUGCCCCCCAGCCCCUCCAGCAAGCCUGACGCCCUGCUCCAGUACAAAGACGUCCCCGGCCAGCUGCUGUCGGGGAUAAGCAGUACAAUGAACAGCAGUCAGCCCGGCGCCAUGCUUCCUCCCCAGAAGAACCACCCGGGGCUGCUGGGAAUGCCCCUCAACCACAUCCUGAAUCAGCAUAACUCCGCCUCCUUCCCAGCCAGCAACCUCCUGUCUGCAGCAGCCAAAGCCCAGCUGGCCAAUCAGAGCAAACUGACCGGCAGCAGUAACAAUGGAGGGAGUGUCGGAGGCGGAGGUGCUAGUAAUAACAAUGGUAACCUCCCCUCUGCUGGCUGCGGAGGACACGCGGAAGGGCACGGCACUUUAAACUCUGUGUUCACUCCAAAUCCCAGCAUGCCUCUGGGCAUGAGCGAGGGGCAGAGCGGGCGGGCGGCGCUGCGGGACAAGCUGAUGGCCCAGCAGAGGGACCAGCUGCGCAAACGCAAGCAGCCCGACGGCGACGGCGUCUUCAGCAUGCUGAAGUCGCAGGUGGGCGGGGCCAGGCCGCCGGGACCCGCGGAGCAGCUGAGGAAGGCGCACGUGCGGCCAGGCGGGCUCCCGCCCAACACCUCCAUGGCCCAGCUGCUCCAGUCCAUGAGCUACCAGAGCUCUCAGUCCUCUGGGAACAGCGCUUCCGGCUGUCUGGGGGCUGCGCAGACCGGGAGGGCCUCUGGCCAGCUGCGCUUCGGGGACGGGGCCAGGCACCCCCAGCAGCCCCUGCAGGUGCCGCAGGGGCUUCCCGGCAGGGGGCAGGGCCAGCGUCCCCACGGCAUGGAUGGAGGGAUGGCGCACGGGGCGGGCCACGAGCAGUUCAGCCCCAUGGACCAGAUGCAGGCCAGCUCUGCGCUGGGGCACAGCAGGCAGGUGACCCUCAGAAACUGCUCGCUGGGUCACAUCGACCCCCGCUCACAACAGCUAUCCCACCACCACCAACACCAACACCACCACCCCCACCACCCAGCGCAGGGGCACCCUCACGCCCUGGGGCAGGUCGCCGCGGCCACCAUGGCCCCCAGCACUAACGGAGGCAGCUGCACGCAGGCCGUCUCUGAAACGGGUAAUGCUCUUAGCUGCGGUCUGAACAACCGUCAGCGGGGCGACUUCCAGUCUCUCAACCCCAACAGCCAGAUGUUCCCGCAGCAGGAGCCCCAGGGUGUGCUCGCCCGGCAGGGUGUGCUCGCCCGGCAGGGUGUCCCGGGGUUCCAGGCCCCGCAGCCUUUCCCCCACAACUCCUCGCCUAGCCCCAUGGCCUGCCUCUUUCAGAACUUCCAGGCAAGUGUGCCCGAGAGUGUCUUAGCCCCCAGUACGCAGAUGUACAGCCAGUCCAGGAUGACAUCACUUCCUGACACCUCGGGAGGGAUGCCCCUGCCGCAGUUCCAGGACGGCCUGCGUGAGCCGCAGCCUCAGAGCAUGGGCCCAGCUAAGGCGGGGAACGAGGGCGAAUCGGUGGACGCCAUCUACAGGGCGGUGGUGGAUGCGGCAAGUAAGGGAGUGCAGGUGGUCAUCACCACCACGGUCAGCAGCCCGACGCAGAGCAGGCCCGUCCCGACACUGAGCGCCAUGAGUGCCUUCACCGCCUCCGUGGGGGGCCCCGGCAACCUGCCCCACACCGUCAGCACCGUCGUCCGCGGCCGACGGGACCCCCCCUUCCAGGAGGCGGAACCCCGGUCGCAGCCCUGCCAGCAGCAAGCCCAGGCUGGCUGCCCCCGCAAGAGCUCGGUCCAGGGCAAGAGCGCCCCCGAUGGCGGGGAGGCUCAGGACUAUUUCAGGUUCCCGGGUACCCCGCGGAGGCAGUGGGACGGAGAGGCGCUGCCGGGGACGGAUGGCCACCACGCUUUGUGGCGGGGGGAGGAGUUCCUGGAGUGCUCCGCCCACGUCCGGAGCAGCCCUCGCACGGAGAACUUCAACAGCCCGCCUCCGUCGCUGCCCCGCCCGGCCGAGCCUCCACACACGCCGCUGGCGCCCGGCGACAAGACCUUCCCCGACGACAGCUACCGCUUCAACAACUGCCAGAGGACGGCGGUCAGCGUGAAGGAGCGGCUGGAGCAGACAGCGGAGCGCUGCGCCCACAUGAACGGCGGCCCCCUGCCGAUGGGCAGGGUGUACAGGGACGUGCUGGGCCCGCCCAGGCACGACCCCGCCUCCGAGGACCAGUCCCCCAGCUCGUCCUCCACCAGCCUGGAGGGAUCCCUGGCUAAGGACUACGUGCACUACAACGGCCACUACAACGGCUGUGUGCCCAGCCCCUCCGACACCAAGAGCCUGAGCAGCGAGGAGGACCUGCGCCACCCGGACUCGCCCUCCUCCAAUGACUUUCUGCACAUCCGCCCCAGGACGUUUCACAUGGGCGAGCUGGUCUGGGGUCAGAUCAAGGGCUUCCCCCCGUGGCACGGCAAGCUGGUGGGCGAGGAGCAGGUGCACAACCCCGGGAUGCACAAUAGCGAGCAGGGCAAGGUGGACCCAGGGAAGCUGAGGACGCUAACAGAAGACCUGGAGGCGCUCAACAGGGCUGCCAAGAGGAACAGAAAAGGUGGGAAACUGAAUAAUCAUUUAGAAGCUGCUAUACACGUGACCAUGAGCGAGCUAGACAAAAUGUCAGGAAGUGUUCACCAAAUGCCACCAAGAGACAGACAGGUGAAGCCCCCGAAACCCAAGAGGAGGAAGAUCUCCAGAUAACAUUGAAUGUGUCGGUGCUCAGUCCAGUACCCAGGCGCAGAACUGUGUACAUACUGAGUUUUAACCAUCUGACUUGACUUCCACCCCUCACCUGGUGCUGCAGUCAAAAGUGGUACAGUGUUUUUCAACCUUACCCUCACCCUCCAUCCAAGACACAGACUGACACAGGGGGUGCAGGGUGAACCAGUCAGAGAACUGUUUAA